AUGCUGGCCAUCAUCGCCGGCCUCAUCGCCCUCUACUUUCUCCUGGUGCGCCCCGUCUACAACUACUUUCGCCAUGCCGCCAACGCGCGCCGUCUGCACUGCGAGACGCCGCACACCAAGGUCAACAAACUACCGCUCGGUAUCGACCAUAUUCGCCGUCUGAAUGCGGCCGACAAGCGCGACAUGAUCUGCGAUGAGUUCAUGAUCAUCUACAAAGAAGAGGGCAGGUCCUCGUUCCAACACUGGAUCGGCGGCAAGCGCCAGAUCUUCACUGCCGAGCCCAGGAAUGUGCAGGCCAUCCUAGCCACGCAGUUCAACGACUUUGAGAUCCCCAAGAACAGGCAGGGCAGUUUCUGGCCGAUGCUGGGACAGGGUAUCUUUACUGCCAAUGGGCCGGUGUGGUCUCACUCGCGAGCCAUGUUGCGCCCCCAGUUCACGCGCCAGCAGGUGGCUGAUCUCGAGCUCGAGGAAACUCAUGUCCAGCAGCUGCUGAUGCACGUCAAGCCCGACACAGCGUCUGGCUGGACCGGCGCCAUCAACAUGGGCCCUCUGUUCUUCAGACUGACCAUCGACUCGGCCACCGAGUUCCUCUUUGGUCAGUCUGUCGAGUCGCAGCUGCAGGCCCUGCCCGGCGGCAUGUCGGGCGACCCCAACGCGUACAACUGGCGAAACCUGGCGCACCAUUUCGACAACGGCACCAAGCACCUGGGCUCACGAGGUCGGCUCUCCCACAUGUACCGACUGCACAACCCGCGCGAGUUCCAGGAGGACUGCCGUGAAGUGCACGCCUUUGCUGAUCACUUUGUGAAGCAAGCCCUGGAACGUGCAGACGCUGAAGAAAAAGCCGAAGCCGCCGGCGAGAAGACGCGGUACGUGUUCCUGCACGAGCUCAUCAAGGAGACCAAAGACCCGAUCGAGCUCCGCUGCCAGUUGCUGCACAUCCUGUUGGCUGGCCGUGAUACCACGGCUGGUCUGCUCGGAUGGACUUUCUUCCUGCUCGCGCGCCAUCCGCAGGUGUACAGUAAGCUGAGGACGGUUCUGGUCGAGGCAUUUGGCGAAUACGACUCUCCGCGUGACAUGACGUUUGAGCGGCUCAAGGGCUGCGCCUACCUGCAGCACGUACUGCAGGAGUCGCUCCGUCUAUACCCAUCAGUGCCGUUGAACUCACGCAUGGCCGUCAAGGACACCACUCUGCCGCUGGGCGGCGGGCCCAACGGGACAAGUCCUAUAUACGUGCGCAAGGGCGAAGAGGUCAACUACUCCGUGUACGUCAUGCAACGUCGCAAGGAUAUCUGGGGCGCCGACGCCGACGAGUUCAAUCCGGAGCGGUGGGUUUCACGCCGCACUGGCUGGGAGUAUCUGCCGUUCAACGGCGGGCCUCGCAUCUGUCUAGGCCAGCAAUUUGCGUUGACCGAAGCGGGCUACGUGACGGUCCGACUGGUGCAGUUGUUUGAUGAGAUUACGGCAAUCAAUCCGACUGAGCUAGAUAAGCAUCAGUACAGCGUCACGAGCGCGCCCAAGAGCGUGCUUGUCAACCUGCACAGUUCUAAAUAG